UAGGCUCCAUGAGAUCUUUCCGUAACAUGCCACUUCGUUUUCGUCGAAGGCUCCAUGUGAAUUUGAAAUAUGUGGCUUAAACCUGACGAGAUAUUGCUCAAAAAUGCGUUCAAGUUAUGGGUUACUGAGGACGAUAAUGACUAUUUCGUUUUGCAAAGGAGGCGAGGGUAUGGAGAAGGUGGAGGCGGUUUGACAGGUCUUCUUGUAGGAACUCUGGAUACUGUGUUGGACUCUACAUCUAAGGUCGCUCCCUUUCGCAUCCUGCAUCACACACCAGAUUCACAAAUCUACUGGUCAAUAGCAUGCGGUGCUACCAAAGAGGAGAUCUUCCAGCACUGGGAAUGGCUGAAGCACAACAUCAUGAGAACGCUUUCUGUUUUUGACUCAAGCGAGGACAUCACUAGCUUUGUACAGGGCAAGAUUAGAGGUCUUAUUGCUGAGGAAGGGAAGGUAUCACUUGCGCAGGAGGAUGAUCCUGAGAAGUUCAGGGAAGCACUUUUGAGGUUUGAGAAGUGGUUUGAACUCCCGCAGAAGGAAAAGCUGGUGACAUAUUAUUCUUGCAGCUACUGGAAAGGGAAAGUGCCAUGCCAGGGUUGGCUCUAUCUCAGCACAAACUUCCUCUGCUUCUAUUCUUACCUACUCGGAGCUGAAGUGAAACUGAUAAUCUCCUGGGACGAGGUCUGGAAGCUGGAGAAAACCUCUAACGUCAUUCUGACUGAGAGCAUCCAUGUUUUGGCUCAUGGAGAGGGUCACUACUUCUCCAUGUUGCUACACCUUAAUGAAACCUUUGUUAUCAUGGAACAGUUGGCUAAUUACUCCAUCAAGCGCCUAUUUGACAAAGAGUCCUUCCAAAGAGAGCCAGCCCUCUCUGAACCUCUGCAGAUUACAAAGAGAGGCCUGGAAACUCACGCCAAGAGUGAACAGUUCCGGGCAUUUUUUAGGCUCCCGAAAGAGGAGAACCUGUUGGAGGUGCAUGAGAGCUUCUUGUGGGUGCCCUUCAGUCAUUUUAACACACUCGGCAAGAUCUGUGUCUCUGAAAAUUACCUAUGUUUUGCCAGUCAGGAUGGAAGCCAAUGCCAUGUCAUCAUUCCCCUACGAGAGGUUGUUAAUGUUGAGAAACCAGAUUCCAGCAGCAGGGCUUUGACAGUGUGUGUGCGUGGCAAGAGGGCACUACGUUUCUCUGAGGUCCGGGACUAUAAGCGACUUGCCAAUUCAAUCCGUAGCAGGUGUGGGAUAAGUGCCAGCCCUCAGCACUCUGCCUCAAUAGAGACCAUACGAGGGGAAUGUCAGUCACUCAUCAAUCACUUUGACGACAACCCUGAGGAUGUAACUCUGAUGGUGGGGCAGAAGGAUAAUAACAAGGCCGUAAGCACUGAGGCUCUAAUGACCGUUUUCCACCCCCAGGAUGUCGAAAACCUCGACCCCAAAAUGCUGAAAGAAAAGAUGAAGGAGCAGUCGUGGAAUAUCCACUUUUCAGAGUAUGGACGUGGCACGAGCAUGUUCUUCACCAAGAAGACGCGAGACCUUAUUGUCCGUGGUGUCCCUGAGGCCUUGAGAGGAGAGCUGUGGAUGUUUUUUUCAGGUGCAGUAAAUGACAUGGCCACUCACCCAGGGUAUUAUAACGAGCUGGUUGAGCAGUCUCUGGGUACAAGCACACUGGCUACAGAUGAGAUAGAGAGAGACCUACACCGUUCCCUGCCAGAGCACCCUGCAUUUCAGAGUGACACAGGAAUCUCUGCUCUACGUAGAGUACUCACUGCCUAUGCCUAUAGGAACCCCAAAAUUGGCUACUGCCAGGCCAUGAACAUUCUUACAUCAGUUCUGCUACUUUAUGCUAAAGAAGAGGAGGCUUUCUGGCUGCUGGUGGCUGUGUGUGAGAGGAUGCUACCUGAUUACUUUAACCGCCGUAUUAUUGGUGCCUUAGUGGACCAGGCGGUGUUUGAGGACCUGAUUCGGGAGCAGCUCCCACAGCUGGUGGAGCACAUGACAGACCUGAGUUUUUUCUCCUCUGUGUCCUUGUCCUGGUUCCUUACACUCUUCAUCAGUGUCCUUCCCAUAGAAAGUGCUGUGAAUGUGGUGGACUGUUUCUUCUAUGAUGGCAUUAAAGCUAUCUUGCAGCUUGGCCUGGCUGUGCUUGACUACAACAUAGAAGCACUGAUCAGCUGCCACGAUGAUGCAGAGGCUGUCACAAUUCUCAACAAGUUUUUUGACAGUGUAACAAACAAAGACAGCCCAUUGCCCCCCACGGUGCAGCAAGCUUCAUUGGGGAAUAAUGAUAAAGCAUCCCACUCCAAUGUAGACAUCAGUGAACUGAUCCGAGAGGCCUAUGAGAAAUAUGGAAAUAUCCGUUCAGAGGAAGUUGAGAGCUCACGGAAAAGAAACAAACUACAUGUUAUCCAGACCUUAGAGGAUACAACCAAGCAAAAUGUUCUGCGAGUGGUGUCACAAGAGGUCAAAUUCAAUGCUUUGCAGCUCGAUGGGCUUUACCAUUUGUUCAAAAGGCAACAUUUUCUCAGUUGCUAUUGGACAAUGAACAGUCCAGCUCUACUGCACCAUGACCCCAGUCUGGCUUAUUUGGAGCAGUACCAGUUGGGUUUUCAGCAAUUCAGCCUGCUCUUCCCUCUCUUGGAGCCAUGGGUCCUCUGCUCGGGCAAGAACACCCUAUCCCUGUGGAUCUUCCGCCUUAUAGAUGAGAACCAAGAUGGCCUCAUCAAUUUCAGAGAAUUUUGCUGUGCCCUUGAUACUCUGUACAGUGCAUCGUUCACAAAUAAGCUGAAAUUUCUGUUCAAGCUACACCUGCCACCUGCAUUUAAUCUCCCAGAGGAUGGUGUGAUAAGGAAAAGCCCUGAAAGAGGUAGAGGGAAAGUAGACUUGCAGGCGUACCUGAAACAGUGGCAAGAUGAGAUACAUAAGAAAGAGGAAACCAUCAAGGAUUUGCCCAGGAUUGACCAGACUCAGUUCAUCCAGUUCUCCAAGACCCUGUACAACCUCUUUCAUGGUGACCCAGAGGAGGAGUCUCUGUAUCGUGCUGUUGCCCAUGUGACCAGCCUUCUUCUGAGGAUGGAGGAAGUAGGACGCAGGCUGCAGGAGCCAAAUGGCCCCCAGGAGCCCAUAAAGCCCACCAAGAUCACUCUGGAGGGGCCUAUGGCUGACACUGAGGCUUCUACCACCCUGGAAAGCUCAGACACCUUGAGCAUCGACUGCACCCAGGAAGCAGGACCCAAUCUCCCUGAGGUGGAAUGGUCUUUUUCUUUUGAGCAGGUCCUGGCAUCUCUACUGAAUGAGCCUGUUAUCGUGAGCUUCUUUGAUAGGCCUGUGGAUUUUCAGAUCAAACUGGACCAAGCAAAGGUUGCCCAGCUCAAACUAACAGUUAACAAGUGAAUGAAUACUUUGUGGUUGUCAUUUCUGAUUGAAGCCAUUAAGUCCACAUUAAUUUCCUUGUUAGUCCUCUCCAUAAUUGGAGAGCGUGGUAGAUUUGGAAGAUUUCAGUUUGUUAGACCCUGAGCAAUGUUGAAAGAUGUCAUGAGUAAGGGGGUGCGUGUCAAUCAAUGAACUCUACUUCCUAUUGAGGCACUUUCCAAAUACGGUGUCUGUCUUGUUGCAGUCUGACACCAAACGUGGUUGUGCACCUUGUAUGUAGGUCAGGCUGUUUAACCAGAUGACAACUUGUAGAUAACAACAACAGCUGACAUAGCAUGAUCAGACAUUUGCCAAAAAAGUUGGCCUUCCAAAGUCGCUUUAGACAUCACUGCAAUCAUCCACUGGAAAACGCUUUGCAUGUUAAGCCUCUGUUUGGGUAUUUGCUGUGGUUUUUCCAAUUUUAGAUCAUGAAGUCAUUUUACACCAGUUAACAUGAUAAGGCUUUUUGGAUGUAAGAAAUGUAAUGUAUAUAUUCUCAUGCAUCCAAUUCUACUUAAUUAUAAAUAGUGUCCCCCAUAGUCAGAUAUAUUCUCCCCUAAGAUCUCUGAUGUCAUGUAGACAAUACCUCUGCAUUGAGAAGUACACUGAAAAAGGACAUUGGGCCAUCAGUGGGAUAACCUCUAGGGGGACCAAAGCAAGUGGAGGACCCUUAAGAUAACAAAUAGGGUAAUACUUGAUAAAAUUAGAUGUGUUAGGGUGAGGGGCCCUAUGUCAAAUCUUCUUCAGGCCUAAAAUUCCUUAGUGCCAUAUUAGUUAAGAGCACCCAAACUGAUUUUCUGGGCAUUUGGGUAUAUUUUUCCAUUUCAGGCUGCUUAUCCCUGCUGUAAAAUUGAAACUUAUUUGGUUGUAAAUGUUUAAACAUUUGGCGAUUGCGGUGUCUGCUAUUCAUUGCCAAUAUCAGUUUUACAUCUGGUUGAAAUGACAGAUUAGUUUAUUUUAUGGUUUGUUGCUAUAAAGGGAGAGAUAUAUAUGCUCAAUGAUUGAAGAGCAGUGUAUGUGAAUUCUUACAUUGCAUAUUUUUCCGAUUUAGAUUUCAGCUACACCAGCCCUUUAUUCAUGUUGGUCAGAGAAAAUAUAAGCUUUGAAGCCAGAGAGGGAGGUCAGUCAAAAUCUGUGUGCAUAUUGGAUGAAUUAUGUGGAAAGUACAAAAGAGGGAAGUGGUGUUGUACUGGAGCAAUAACAUACAUGAGGGAAAGCUAUGUUUGGGUGAGCACAGUACACUCAACGACUACCACACCAUGCCCAAUGACCGCAGUAUAGCAUGACCUCACGUGUGUCUUGUGCUGGAAAUAUGGCCAUCGCACAGUAAAAAUCCCUGCAAAUAGCCGUGAUCAUGUUCCGGGGAAAUCAUUUGAUAAUUCCUGCAGCUACAUUAAGCUUCACACUGGGCAGAAAUUGACCUGUUUGUGAACCUGAAAAAUAAACUGUUCUUCACGGAAAAGGUUAAAAGGGAACAUAUUUCUGUUUAGUGUAAUGUUUUCUCAGAAUACCGGUUUUGUUUUUAUUACUGAAAAAUGCAAUUCAUUUCAAGAAGAAUACAAAGUAUUUGUUUAUGAAUACCAAUUAAAUUCACUGGUUUAUUAGAUCAUUGUUUACAAGACAUGCGUUGCUGGUUUUCUGUUAGCACACUUGCACACCACUUUGAAUUAUAUUUUGAUUCAUUAAAUCUCAGGGUGUGAUACAUGUAAAAUGGGAGGGGGGCAAUGUUUAACUAUGUUUAACUAUAUGCAACUUAGUUUAACAUAGCUUAUUUUUGUCUGUAAUAUUUUAAAGGAAGAAUGAGUAGGAUUUUCUUAAAAAAAUGUAUAGACUCAUACAAAAUCCCUCUUAAUCAUCACUUAUGACCCACUAGAUGUACUGUGCAGUGUCUGUAACUGCAGAAAGCCUGUCCUCUGCCUGUAUUUUCUUAUUUUGCUGUGUACAGGAAAUUUCUGGGUGUUAACUUUGGGCAGUCAGUGUGUAGCCCUCAGGCAACGGUGUCCAGGUAGCAUGGCGGUCUAUUCCGUUGCCUACCAACACAGGGAUCGCCGGUGCGAAUCCCCGUGUUACCUUUGGCUUGGUCGGGCAUCCCUACAGACACAAUUGACCGUGUCUGCGGGUGGGAAGCCGGCUGUGGGUAUGUGUAUUGGUCGCUGCACUAGC